GCGGGUGGUUUCCGAAGCUGGUCGCAGGAUUAGGGCGUUUUCUUUGUCGCACGAGUGGCGUGGCUCGUUUAAGCCGGUAGUUCAGGCGCUGAGGGAAGCUGUAGUGGGAGUGUUCGAGGAUUCGCUUUGGUAAACCUUGUUCCCUGUUCCUUGUUCUCGGCUCCCUGGCCAGGCGUGGCAUUUCAAGUACAUUUAAAAUUGAAGUUUGCUGCUAAAGAUGGCAGAUCCAGAUGUCCUCACCGAGGUUCCUGCAGCAUUGAAGCGAUUAGCCAAGUAUGUGAUCCGGGGGUUUUAUGGUAUUGAGCAUGCUUUGGCCUUGGACAUCUUGAUCCGAAACCCCUGUGUGAAAGAGGAGGACAUGUUGGAGCUGCUCAAGUUUGAUCGGAAACAACUUCGAUCAGUCUUGAAUAAUUUAAAGGGAGACAAGUUCAUCAAAUGCAGAAUGAGGGUAGAGACUGCUGCAGAUGGGAAAACUACUCGUCAUAACUACUACUUUAUCAAUUAUCGUACUCUUGUUAAUGUGGUAAAAUAUAAAUUGGACCACAUGAGAAGGAGGAUUGAAACUGAUGAGAGAGAUUCCACCAACCGGGCUUCCUUCAAAUGUCCCGUCUGUAGUAGUACGUUUACAGAUUUAGAAGCUAAUCAGCUCUUUGAUCCCAUGACAGGAACUUUCCGCUGUACUUUUUGCCAUACAGAGGUAGAAGAAGAUGAAUCAGCAAUGCCCAAAAAAGAUGCACGCACACUUUUGGCAAGGUUUAAUGAACAAAUUGAGCCCAUUUAUGCUUUGCUUCGGGAGACAGAGGAUGUGAACUUGGCCUAUGAAAUACUUGAGCCAGAACCCACAGAAAUACCAGCCCUGAAACAGAGCAAGGACCGUGCAGCAACUACUGCUGGAGCUGCUGGCCUGGCAGGUGGGCACCACCGGGAAGCGUGGGCCACCAAAGGUCCCUCUUAUGAGGACUUAUACACUCAGAAUGUUGUCAUUAACAUGGAUGACCAAGAAGAUCUUCAUCGAGCCUCACUGGAGGGGAAAUCUGCCAAAGAGAGACCCAUUUGGUUAAGAGAGAGCACUGUCCAAGGGGCGUAUAGUUCUGAAGAGAUGAAGGAAGGUGGCCUGGAUAUAGACUCAUUUCAGGAGCGUGAGGAAGGCCGUGCAGGGCCGGAUGAUAAUGAGGAGGUCAUGCGAGCACUGCUCAUUCAUGAGAAGAAGACCCCCUCUGCCACAGCAGGCUUAGGGGGGGCGGCUGCCCCUGUGACCACUGCCAAUGGCAGUGACUCUGAGAGUGAGACCAGUGAGUCAGAUGAUGACUCCCCACCCCGUCCAGCAGCUGUGGCUGCGCAUCAUGGAGAAGAGGAUGAGGAGGACGAUGAAUUUGAGGAAGUGGCAGAUGACCCCAUUGUCAUGGUGGCUGGCCGUCCAUUCUCCUACAGCGAAGUGAGCCAGAAGCCAGAGCUGGUGGCCCAGAUGACACCAGAGGAGAAGGAAGCAUACAUAGCAAUGGGACAACGCAUGUUUGAGGACCUCUUUGAGUGAGCUUUCCCUACCUUUCCUCAUUUCUCUAAUGCUCAUUUCAAAAAGAUUUUCUCUACCUUUGAAGAAAAGUAUUUAAGUGGCUUUCUGCCCCUCUUGGUGUAAAGCAACUGUUAAUCUUGUGCAAAGAAUAACGGGAGAGAAAGUGUUGAUUUUUAUGCCAGAAACUUCCUUACAAGGUAGGUUGGCUAUAAGCAUUCCCUUCCCUAUUACUACAGUAUUAAUAUUUUGCUGUAUUUCCUUAUCUCAUCUUUUCCUUUCCUUUUUAAGACACAUUUUUCUCCCUUCUGAAAUGAGUGUGAGAAGUCUAUAAGGUCAAUUCUUCUAGUCCGCCUGUAGAAGCCCACUGUGGUAGGUUACAGUAAUUCACUGAUCACGUCCUUUUUGUCUGUUCUGACCACGCAUUCAAAACAACUGGCAUUGCUGCCUACCGAGCAGCUUGGUAACAGGCAAGUCAUUGAUGAGGAGAAAAAAAUCUUAAAGCUUUAUGUUGCCCUACAAUUGAGGAUGGAGUCAAUAUGCAGGGGGAGGUGAGAGUGUGUGGAAGAGGGAUGGCUGUGCCUAAAUCUCAUGAUCAAUAUCUAAACUAAAAUUUGUGUCUUUAGAACUGACUUGACUGACAGAUUCUGUUGUUUUGCUUAAUGUCUUUUGGUUUGUAUGUUGGAUAAUAGAAAACAGAAAGUGUGUUUGGUAAGCCUUUAGGAAGAAAUUAGAGAAGAAACAUGGACAUAGAAUAAGGAGUCCACAUAAAAGAUUGAAGAGGGGAGAGCAUGAGGAAUAGUACCUUUUAGAAUAGCCGGAGUUUGUGCUGAUUUGGAAAAUCCUUCAUAUAAAGCUGAGAUUGGUACCCUUCUUUUUCCGUUCUUCUACAGUGCUAUAAAUUGUUUAAACAGGCCAUUCCAGCAGAAAUUAGCAUAUAACAAUUGAUUACUUUUCUCUUUUUUCUUCUUUCAACCUCAUUGAAGGCGUUUGUCUCUCUUUUGAUUCUUGUCAGGCAUGGUAUUUUAGAGUGUAUCCAGUAUGUUGUUGAGCACUGUAACCUCAAGGAAAAUAGUUUCUUUUUGGUUCUGACGUGUAGCAUGGUAUUAUUCCCUAAGGCAGAACUUUCAUACAAGGGUCUAUAACAAUUGUAUUUUUUGUAAUAUUUUCCAUGGCAUUGUAAUUUUUAAGUAUUUAUCAUUUUGUAGUACAUGUAUAAAGUUAGAAUAGAUUUUGGAGCAUCUGAGCCUUGUGUGAAGUAAUGUUUUAUUUACCUGAGUUGUAUUAAUGACAGAAUAUUGACAGUAAAUCUAUUUUGUAUUUACUGAA